GGGCCGGCCAGCGCGGAGAGCCUCUCUCCGAACGACAAAACGGUGCCACUCGAGAUGCCCCUCGUCUUUGGCGGAUUUUCGCAAGAAUCGGAGGUGCCUAUUGUUUCCUUCAUUUUCUGUCUCUCUCUCUUUCUCUCUCCCUCUGUGUGUUGAUGUCCACCCUCCCUUCGUCUCCCUCUCUCAUUCUGUUUUUCUUUCACUUUUGAGUGCCCUGGAACCUUUUAAAAUGUCCCCCCUUCUCUGUGAUUCGUCAGACGCAGAAGAAUGUCCCUUCUUUUUGUCUCCCUCGCCCCCACCUCUCUCUCUCUCUCUCUCGCUCUCUCUCGCUCUCUCUCUCUCCAUCUCUGAUUAGAUACACUGAUUCUUUAUUCAAUGGACGUCAUUUAGGAGAGACUCUGCCUUGAGUUGCUUCCUCGCUUCACGCUCGAUUUCCGACCAUUCUUCCCAUAUUAAGUAUUCGUGUAAUAUUAAUAGUCAUGAAUAUCUGCUAUUAGGGGUCCAGGGGAAGAAACGGCUCUGCACUAUUAUGAACUCAAACGAGGUAGCUGCUCUGUGACAGAGCCAACAAGAAAAGGAUACCAGGAAUAAAGGAUACAAGAAACUUUAAACACACCGAGAAUAAAAAAAAAAAAAAAAAAAUACGAAUAAUAAAAAAAACUACAACAACCAAAUGACGGGCUUCAGGAUUGUCUCCAAAUUCUAAUGGAUUAUUGUACUUUCGUUGUGCAAAUGAUUCCUUCGUGGUUUUCUCUUUUGAAAUCCUAAGCUAAAGCUGGGCAUUUUGAUUUUUUUUUUCCAAUCUAUUUCCGUGUUUCCAUAUAUAUAUAUAUAUAUAUAUAUAUAUAGUUGUAUAUAUAUAUAUAUAUUGAAAUAUAUAGCCUAUAUAUAUAUUUCAAUUAUCUCAUUUCACGCCUUGAAUUGUCCGAUUCGCUUCGCAGAUGUUAGUGCACAGUUUUUCAGCUAUGGAUCGUCACGAUGGCACCGGCAACGGGACGGCGAGGUUACCUCAGCUGGGGACCGUGGGCCAGUCCCCCUACACCAGCGCUCCUCCGCUUUCUCACACUCCAAACUCCGACUUCCAGCCUCCCUACUUCCCACCGCCUUAUCAACCGAUCUACCCUCAAUCCCAGGACCCUUACUCUCAUGUCAACGACCACUACUCCCUCAACAGCAUCCACGCCCAGCCGCAGCCGCAGCACCCCGGCUGGCCAGGACAGCGGACGAGUCAGGAGGCCAGUUUACUGCACCAACACCGCGGGCUACCUCACCAGCUGUGCAGGGAUUACCGACGACCGGAGGUCCUGCUCCCCGACUCUGGGCUGGUCGAGUCCAUCCCAAUUCACCAUGGAAUACACUCCUUGGAAGACGUGCAGCAUGUUGACGAUCAAGGCAUUAACAUCCCAGACCAAACUGUAAUUAAGAAAGGUCCCGUGUCAGUGUCCAAAAACAGCGCAGUGUCCGCCGUCCCGGUCAACAAGGACGGGCUCUUCGGUGGUGUGGUAAACCCAAACGAGGUGUUCUGUUCAGUUCCGGGUCGACUCUCCCUGCUCAGCUCCACAUCAAAGUACAAGGUCACCGUGGCGGAAGUGCAGAGACGCCUCUCGCCGCCUGAGUGCCUCAACGCGUCUCUGCUGGGUGGAGUUCUCAGAAGGGCUAAAUCGAAAAACGGUGGAAGAUCCUUACGAGAAAAACUGGACAAGAUCGGUUUAAAUCUGCCCGCCGGAAGACGAAAAGCUGCCAACGUUACCCUUCUGACGUCACUAGUAGAAGGAGAAGCAGUCCAUCUUGCUCGAGAUUUUGGUUACGUUUGUGAAACAGAAUUCCCGGCCAAGGCGGUGGCUGAGUAUGUAAACCGUCAACACAGCGAUCCCAACGAACAAGUCCAAAGGAAGAACAUGCUGUUGGCUACAAAACAAAUCUGCAAAGAAUUCACAGACCUGCUUUCUCAGGAUCGAUCUCCUUUGGGAAAUUCGCGGCCGCAGCCGAUCUUGGAGCCUGGAAUCCAAAGUUGUUUGACCCACUUCAGCUUAAUUUCUCACGGCUUCGGGACCCCCGCCAUGUGCGCAGCAGUCACGGCGUUGCAGAACUAUCUUACCGAGGCUAUCAAAGCCAUGGACAAAAUGUACCUCAACAAUAACCCCAACAGUCAUACAGACAACAGUACCAAAAGUGGAGAUAAAGACGAAAAACACAGAAAGUGACCCGUUUUUACGGACAUAGAAAUAUGAACCUAUAAAUAUAUAUAUUGAGCUAAACGACUCGCCGAUUCCCCAGCUCACGAUUUUACAGAACUCUUUUUAUUCUGCACCGUCUUUGGAGUCCCAGGGAAUGAAUGGAUCAACAUAAUAUGACUGAUCAUUUUCUACAGAAACAAUAAAUAAAUAAAUAAAUAAAUAAAUAAAGACACACUUGGAAGGACAGAAAGAGAAUCGAGCAUGGAGGCAUCGAAUUAAAGCGCAAAAAGGAGAAACACAAACGGCCUCGGAAGUUCUGGUGGCUCUUUUUGUUUUUUUUUUUUUUUUAUUUUUUAUUUUUUUCGGACUGAGUUUCGGCCUCCAUUAUAUAACUCACAUAAAGAUUGUAGCCAUAUAAGCAGAAGGUAAAGAGGAUGCAUUUUUAUCAGUAUUGUGAAUAAACUUGAAAACAAAACAAAACAAAACAAAAAGUCGAAAGAGUUCCAUGUCAUGACUUCAAUUGUAGACUUUUCCCUUACAAGGUAAAGCAACCAACUUGAACUUUUCUUUCAACACGGUUCAGAGUUUAUUAAUAUAAGGGAAUCAGUGUUCUUGUAUGUAAAUAUUUAUUUAUGUGUAAUUUAAUGGGAAUUGUAAAUAUGGUGCGUCUGUUGAAACCUUUUUUUUUAUUUAUCUGGUGAUCUCGUUUGCCUUCUGUUUUAGUGGGUUUUAAAUAUUCGGUUACUUCUUCAUGUGGUUUUUAACGUAUUAGAAAUUAAAAAAAAAAAAGGUUUGGGGGGUCUUUCUCUAGGAUAAAAUAAUUUUAGCCCUCUUGUAGCAUGUUGAGGCGACCUUGAAGCAAGUGAACAAAUUCAAUAGAAAUUCAACUUGAGUUUUAUUUCUAUUGAGAAUAAUGAUGAUGAUGAUGAUGAUGGUGAUGGUGAUGAUGAUGAUUCCAUAACCUUCAUAGUGAAAUGAGCAAAAAAGAUAGACCCUGAAAAAAAAAAUAAUCUGAAGUGUUUUGUGGUUUUUCUAAGGACCCUUCUGUGUGUUUGCUAAGCAUUAUAACUUACACCUAUUGUUUGGUUGUUUUGUUUUUUUUUUGUUUGUUUUUUUUUUUAUUCCCCCCAUCAGAGAACAUCAGAGCAAUAAACUGAUAUUGUCUUCAGGAGAAUACUAAGAAUACGUUUAGGAGUUUUAAUUUCUUGCUUUAAAAAGGACUUCACUACGUUUGGGACCAUCUGAUAAUCCUGUAUGUCCAAUGUCCAGAUUGGAAGCCGUUUUAGCUGUUAUUGUAUAGAGCUGUGCUGGCAAUAGUUCCCAUGCCUGUCAAUGUAUCAUAGUCCUUUGUUGCCCAGAUAAAUAAAUAUUUGAUACGCUUUA